CAGGAUGGGGAUGGCUGUGUAUUGUAGGGGGCUGAAGACAAUGAAACACACAUCAAUAUUACUAGUGCCUUACUUUUAAAUGAGGAAAGGGUUGGCGGGUAAUUUUCUUAAUCUUCUAAAUAUGACGUGAAAAUCGUUCUCUUUCCAGGUCAAACUGAAAUGGAACCCCAAAAAAGGGAGCGCUGUCUCUUUAAGCCGGCAUCUGGCAGGAUGGGUGGCGGUGGAUGGGCGGGGGUUGGUUUAAAUGGUACCCUCCGUGACAUCAUUCUGGACCAAUCGGCAUGCUCCCCGGGAGCCCUUUCCUCCGCUUCAUCUCCCUGAGAUGCGUGAACGCAGGCUGCCGAAGACGAGGCGUUCUGCUCAUGGUUGCCGUGGUAGCGUUGUGGAUCCAGCGCAUGCUAGCUUCACUUUAGAGACAAGAGUCCCUGGUACCAUGCUGUGAGUCACCUCCUCCUCAUCCUCAUCUUAGAUCGCAAUGGUACUGGCAUACACAAGAGCUGAGCUGUGGAGAUGCUGUGAGCAGGCACAAACUGAGCCCAGUGACAAGAGACAGAAAUGACUUCCUCUGCUUAUAAGGACCGGGAACAAAGGCCCAUCUGGACCUGGAGAGGGCGGAACCAGCCAUGGCAAAGCGAGACUACUUGUUGGAGGCAGCUAAGCAGAUCCGCAUGGCUCUGGACCGAGAGGUCAACGAAGACUACGAGGCAGCCUUCAGCUACUACAAGAACGGGGUGGAUCUCCUGCUGAACGGCGUACAGUUGGACCCCAAUAAGGAUCGCAGAGAGGCUGUUAAACGAAAGACAACCCAGUAUCUGAAGAGAGCCGAAGAAAUUUUCAUAUCCCACCUACAGGAUAACCUGGGGAAGGGCAGCUCUCACUUGGGGGGGUACAGCAGCCUGCGAUUCCGCCCCAUCAGACACCUGAGCUCCCCGGUGGAAGACCUGGACAUGUGUAAGGUGGUGGGAGUGGUGGACAAGGUCAUGGUUGUCCAAAGUAUGGUCAAUAAGGAGACAUUUGUUGUUAAGAGCCUGGUGAAGUCCAGCUGGGAAAGCAGGGACCAGCCCACCAUCAUACCCCAGGGGGUACCCUACAUGGUGAAGCUGCUGCGCUACUACGUCAGCGAAGACGCCGUGUACCUGCACCUGGAACACCUUCAAGGGGGACGUCUCUUCUCCAAGUUACACAAAGUGAAGAGCGAAAGGGCCAAAGAGCACCCAGAAUGCUUCAGCACCGGCCAGAACCGGAUCAAGAUGAAGAACAGCUACACGUCUCCCUCGAUCUGCACGGAGAACCAGCAGAACGCCAUCGAUGGCCCACACCUGGGAGCCCGUGACGAGGGCCCCGUCUCACCCCCUACCUCCUGGGACGAGACUCUGCAGCGGCUGGACGCCUGCGGCACCCACUCCUACAUCGAGGAGACGGGCUGCCUGCAGAACCGCCGUUCCUCCCGCGCCUCGCUCCUCUCCCGACCGGAGCGCCCCUCUUCGCUCUCGGGUCCGGCCAAGACCCCGACCAAGCCCCACGUACACCCGCCGGCCCCCAGUCUGUGCUUGCACCCCCUGAAACCGCAGGAAAGGCCCGCGCUGCCUCUGGCGUGCGCUCGCGUCAACCACACCCUGGACGUCAUGGCGGACCCGCGAGGGAAGACCACCGGCAUGGGGCUCAUCGAGUGCAGCUCCGACUUCGAGUUGGCCUGGAACUCCGCGGAUCCCACGCGCGGCGUGGAGGGCCCCAACCCGUACGCGGCAGCGGACACUCCUUUCGACUGUGGGAGUAUCGGACCAAUUGCCCCGCUGACCUCUCCUGCCAUUUUACACCUCGCUCCGCAUUGCCAAACCCAGAUCCCCGGCACGGCGUCCUGGGUGGCCAAUGGCUUCCACCCGGGCCCCGCCCCUGGGGGGCCGACCCCGGAGGAUACUGAGUGCUCGCUGCUGGCUGUCCCGGCGCAGCGGAGGGGAGCGGUGGAGCCGGAGAGCCGGAGCCCGACCACGGAGGAACGGACCGCCAUGGUGGAGGUCAAAAGCACGGACAGAGCGGUGUUCUCCGAGUACACCGACGCAGUGAAGCCCUCCGCCUCCCCGCUCGCCCAGGGUACCACCGGGAAGCAGGGUCCGGGGGCCCCCAUGGCCCUCACUGGGGUGAAAAGCCAGGAGCUUGUUGAGGAAGCCUGGGAGCUGGUCAGUCCGGGCGGGAAGGAUGGACCCCCGAAGCCGGGAUCCGUGUUCGGCGCUCCCUGGACGGUGACCCAGAGUCGGAGAGGAGACAUGGACGCUUUCCUGAAAUCGGAGGGAUCCGAAGGGCAGGGGGAAGACCAGGGCAUUGAGGUGGACGGCUGGUGCCACCUACCCCGGUUCUCCCAAGAGUCUUCCAAGGCCAAAGAAACAGCGGUUCAAGUGUUCUGGGGGCUUCCCGAGAAGGAGGUCCGUGUUUGGGGUGCGCAGAUCCUGCUCGCUCUGGAGAGUUUGCACCAGCAAGGCAUCCUGUGUAGGGACCUAAACCCCAGAAACGUCCUCCUUACCAGCAAUGGAAAAGUGUCACUUUCCUUCUUCGGCCAGUGGAGUGAGGUUCAGUCAGAGAUCAGCUCCCAGGCAGUGGAGCAGAUGUACUGCGCUCCAGAAAUUGGAGGGGUGUCAAAGAUAACGGAAGCGUGUGACUGGUGGAGUUUAGGGGCGUUGCUGUUUGAACUACUGACCGGAAUGCCACUGUGGCAGUUGCACCCAGCCGGAAUAUACUCACACACCCAGCUGCUGAUUCCAGACCACCUGAGCACCGCAGCUGCCUCCCUCCUCACUGAGUUACUCCAGUUUGAUGCUGGCUAUCGGUUAGGUUCUGGAGGCGGCGGUGUGAGUGACAUCAAGUGCCAUCCCUUCUUCAGCGGUGUUUCCUGGAAGGCCCUCGGCUGCUAGCACCACUUCGGAUCCGAACGACCGUCUCCUCCACCAGAGCAUGUCCUGCACUCUGGCGCCUUCAUGUGGCCAAACUGGAUGCAAACUCUUGGUUACAUUUUUGUGCUUCCCAGUGAAUCAUAGCGACACCAUCACAGCUAAAUGGAGCAGCAAAUGAUUCGACAUUUCUAUAUAUGAAGGAGACAUUUGCCUCUUGACGUAGAAAAAUUUAUUGUGUUGCAUUUUUACACCGACGUGAUACUUAUAUACGUGCAUAUCCACGCAACUAUUUUAUCAACACGCAUGAACAAUGAUGCAUCUUAUAAAAUAUUGACCGUGAAGACUUUCGACCAUGUCAAUCACAAAGGUACUUGUCAGACAAGGGCAUUAGGCAAUAAAAAAUACCUCAUUUGUGUCAUUUUAA